UAGUUUUCUAAAUUCUAAAGAGAAAAUAUUUUUAUCUCCUCUGAUAAUUGACAAAUUCUAAAAUGCGAUCAAUAUGACAAAAUAUUAUAAAUGGUUAUCCUGAUAUUUGGUAAACGAAAUCUUUAAUGUUCUUUUAUAAGGAGAGGAAAACUAGGCUUAAACCUAUAUCUACAAUUGUAUUUUAUGAUCAUAGACAUUAACAUAUUAUAUAUUUUCAUACAUAUUAGUAUAUUGUAAUAAAAUAUUCUGUUUUUAUGAUAGUAUUUAUUGUUCAAUUCAAUAAGUUAUCUGAACUUUGUUUCAACGCUUGAAUAUCUAAACUGUUCCGAUAGUUUAAACCUAAAAUGGUUAACGCAAUUAAAAGUAAUCAUUGCAACGUGUACGUUGGAAUUUUUUCUGGAGACUCAGCAUUCUCUAUGAUAUUGAUAAAGCUUGAAUAGAUAAACUUCAGUAGUUCAUCUUUCUACCUCUGAAUGUCUAUUGUUUCCGGUACGAUACACUUCUCCAUUUUCAGAAGCUUUUAAAAAGAUUUAAGAUACGCGCUUAGCGCGAAACUAUGGCUUCUCCAUGAUGGCUUCAUCGGAAUUAGAAACUUCUGAGGACGUUAACAAAACCAUUAAAGAUGGUUUAUUAAAGGGCCUGAACUCCGGAAUUCAAAGGCAGCGAUCAAAAUCAUACUUACAGACUGAUCUGAAGGUAAAAUGUGAAUAUAAAGGCGAAACGAGAGCCUUUUGCAUGACGAAACCAGUGAAAUAUGAGGAAUUAGUAAAGAAGAUAUGUGAAAUAUUCGGAAAGCAAUUGUCAAUUUGUUAUACACUGAGAAGUGGAGAAAUUAUUACUCCUGUCGUGUCUCAAACUGAUUUAGAUAAAGCCAUCGAUCUGUUCGAUAGAAAUAAAAAAAUGAAGAGUCUGCGACUGAUAUUAAGCUCUGAACAAUUUCCUUCUAAUAAUAAUGACCCACCGAAACGAUAUUCUCCUCCUCCGGGUUGUCUUCCUGAUGAAGAUACGGCAAAAAUUUGUCGCCCACAGCAUGUAACGCCCGGGGGCGAAUUUAUUCCUGAGGACUUACCUAGUCAGCAAGAAAGCCCAUCUAGCGUUAAAUCAAGUGAAUACGGUGCAAGUUACAAAGGUUCCCUCAACAGUGUACGGACUUCUUCCACUUCUCUAAUGCAUAAUAGUGAUUAUCGCGUAUUAAAUAGUCCUGCAGGGACUUUUCCACGAACGAAAACUAAUAAUAUUUCCUCAGAAACUGCCUUAAAUUCGGCAAAUAGAACAUUUCCUCGGUCAAAAGAAACUGGCAGUUUCAUGCCAUCAUUUUAUGGUGAUAAAAGUAACGGUUCCUUUCAAAGAAAUCAAAAUGGUGAUACUUCUAGCUCAACUUGCUCGAGUGGCAGCGGAAUGUCAUCUCCUUCAUUUAACGAAUUCUAUGAUAAAUUAUAUCAAGUGAGGAAUAAAAUGAACGAAAAUAGCUUAAGUUCUCCUCAACCUCCACGUCACUUUAAAAAAGAGAUUGCCAUAGGCGAAGGAGGUUUUGGCAAGGUGUUCAAAUGCUAUGACCAAGACACUGGACGGGAAUUGGCAAUGAAAGAGGUUAAAUUAUGUAAUAAGAAUAAAGAAACUUCAAAGGAAGUUAAAGCCCUUAUGAUGGAGAUCAAAUUACUAAAAGGCAUUGAGCAUCAGCGUAUUGUACAAUAUUUUGGCUGUAUGGCAACGGAAGAUUCUUUAUGUAUCUUUAUGGAAUAUAUGGCCGGGGGUUCAGUUAGGAAAGAAAUUAUAAAAUACAAAGGUCUUUCUGAGAAUGUCACCAAGCGAUAUACCAAACAGAUAUUAGAGGGCUUGGCAUACUUACAUAGUUUUGUUAUUGUUCAUCGUGAUAUUAAAGGCGCUAAUAUACUUAAGGAUCCUAGUGGAAAUGUAAAAAUAGCUGAUUUCGGAGCUUCAAAGCACGUACAGGCCGUUUGCACAUCUAUGGGAUUACGAACAGCUACUGGCACUCCGUAUUGGAUGGCACCAGAAGUCAUAAAUGGUCGGCCAUAUGGUCGACGAGCCGAUAUAUGGAGUCUCGGUGCUACUAUUGUUGAAAUGUUAACCACAAACCCGCCAAACCAUGACUUAGAAGCUAUGGCCGCCAUAUUUAGAACAGCAACAGAACUUCCAAAAUACGAAUUACCAAAAUCAAUUAGUCAAACUUCUAGAGACUUUAUAAAACUCUGCUUUACAAGGGAUCCGAAAUUUAGACCAACAGCUAAUGAAUUGUUAAACGAACCUUUUGUUAGAGAUGUUCUUUAAAUUAAAAAAAAAAAAUACUAUACGUUUUGUGUAACAGUCAGUUAAUUAUAUAUUGUGUGUAUGUACAUAUACGUAUAUGCGUCAACAAAUAUACUCUGUAUUGUAUUUAUGCAUAUACUUGUAUGUAUGUAUGGCUGCGUAUAUAUAAUAUAUGUCUUGAUAUAUAUAUAUAUAUAUAUAUAUAUAUAUAUAUGUAUAUAUACAGUAAAAAUAUACAUAUUAAUAUGUAUAUGCGUCUUGAAUGAUUUUUAUUUGAAAAAGAAGCAAACUGUAAAAAAGAAGUCUGACCUUUAAGAAAAAAGAAAAUAUCGAUGAAAAAGGAUAAUAAGGAAGCAAAAAAGAAAGUCAAAAAAUUGAUAACAUUGAUUUUUGUACGUGCUGGACAAUCUUCUUGUAUUUUUUUCUUUUUUCUUGUUUUCCCUCUCUUUUUUUUUUUCUUUUUUUGCCGAUGUUUGCAGAGAAGGGGAAAAAAAGAAUCUGAGGAGAAAGAAAAAAAGAAAAUAUUUGUUAUUAUGGUGCGAAUAGUUAACAAAAAAAGAUAUCUGCAAUAUUUCUGUGAUGCAUAUAAGCUAAUAAUAAAAAUUUUAUAAUACAUUUUUAAAACAUAAAGAAA